AUGACCAAGACGUACCUUGGGCUUCGAGGCAAGAAGCUUCAAGCACUUUCUAUCUGGGCUGUCAUUUGUCCUGCCUAUAUCUUGUUUGGGUACAACAACGCCGUUGCCGGUGGCCUGCUUGACCUCCCUGCCUGGAUCAAAUACUUCCCCCAGAUCAACACUCUGACGACCGAAGGGGUUCAGCAGGAGCACAACUCAACCUUACAAGGAGCUGUCGUUGCGUUGUAUACACUGGGGUGCUUCUUCGGUUCCCUGUCGUGCGUCUUCAUUGGUGAUUAUCUUGGUCGAAUCCGGACAAUCAUCCUAGGUGCCACGGUGACUAUCAUCGGGGCGAUUCUCCAGGCAUCAUCGUUCUCACUCGGCCAAUUGAUUGUUGGACGCCUCGUGGCUGGGUGUGGAUUUGGUGCAUUGACAGCAACAGCGCCAAAUUGGCAGAGUGAAUGUGCAGGCAUACAACGUCGCGGUCCCCAUGUCAUGCUGAUAGGUGUAUUCAUUGGCACCGGUCUGAGUAUCGCAGCUUGGGUCAACUUCGGGGUGUCUCAUGUGGCUGGCGACGUGGGAUGGCGGUUCCCUCUUGCCUUGCCGGCAUUCUGGGCGCUCCCUGUUAUCAUCGUCAUCCCUUUUCUUCCAGAGUCUCCCCGAUGGCUCCUCAAGCAAGGAAAGGAGGAAGAAGCGCGUCACGUCCUUUCAAUUCUCAGAGACGUCGAGCCAAACUCGGAGCAAAUCGACUUUGUCGUCCAGGAAAUCCAGGCGUCCCUCGCCAUUACUGGCCAAGCCAAGUUUUCUGAUCUUCUGACAAACGGGCGACAAAGACUCUUCCAUCGGACCGUCUUGGCUGCUGUAUGCCAGAUGUUCCAAAUGAUCGGAGGCGUCAAUGCCAUUGCCUUCUAUAUUUCACCUAUUUUCGCUGAAGACCUCAAGUUGGCUCCACCGAAGCCAGCUAUUCUGGGCGCCGCCUUUUUCAUGGUCCUCGCCUUCAGCGCUCCAAUCGGCGUGGCAACGGUAGAUCGACUUGGCCGUCGGCGGUUGAUGAUGAUCUGCAGUACAGGAAUGGGAGUGUGCUUGGCUGUUGUGGCAGGCGCUCUUUCCAGACAGGAUGUCCGAGCUGUCGACAUAGUGGCCGUCACGUUCAUCUACAUUUUCAACUUCUUUUUCGCCAUUGGUUGGUUGGGACUCCCAUUCCUUUUCUGUACCGAGAUUGCUCCCUUGAGCCACAGGGUGCCUAUCACAGCCAUUUCUACUGGUUCGACAUGGCUCUGGGCCUUCGUCGUGGCCUUGGUCACUCCGGUCGGAUUGACAAAUCUCUCGAACCGAUACUAUAUUAUCUAUGCUGUGCUCAAUCUCGGCUUGGUCCUUCCUGGUGUCUACUUCUUCUUCCCUGAGACAAGCGGACGAUCUCUAGAGGAAGUCGACGAGAUCUUCGUGACGAGCAAAAGCAUUUUUGACACGGUCAGGGUGGCCCGAGAUGCUAGGACAAGACGACCGCUUACCGUCACUGACUUUGGCUCGGAGCAUUCCAGUAACCAGGGAACGGUGGCCAAAGAGGCUCCACAUCAUGUGGAGGAGCUUACCCGUACGGAAUUGAAGGAGGCAUAG